GAGAUGGACCUCGAUAACAUCAAAUCGAACCUUCUUGCUUUGAGGCAAUUGUAUGGUCUUUUGCGAAAUGAUGGAGAUGGUCUUUCAAAGUUGACCUCUGAUGGUUUGGAUUAUGAAGCACGAGUCAUGUUAAAGAAUUUACUCGAUACUACAACCAAUGAUGUUCUUAAGGCUCAUUCCGAGAUCAUAGCACGUCAGGCGCGUGUGCACAGCUUACCUCAGCCUCAGCACCUGGUUGACACAGCGAAUCAACGGUCCCUUGCUUUAUCAGACCUAUCAAAAUCUUCAGCUGUUAUUCAAAGUUGUGGAAGAGAGCUGGUUGUCAUGGAUUCUACUUUAUCUACAGAGAAGCAGGAAUCUAUCAUGCCGAUUACUCAGACAGCUUACACACAGCCACCACAGUUUAGCUUCAGUGCAAGUGAAUCUGGAAAUAAAAGAAAAUUUUGCAGAAUUUGCAAGCGUCCAAAAUUUGAAAAGCCGUUUAUUCCUUGUAUACAGACCGAAUCUUCUGAAAAAGAAGCUCCAUGUUCUACAAAGGUCGUGGCAUUGCAAGAACAGCAGAAUAGUCUUUUCGCUAAUUUUUCUUGGGAUAUUCAACAAGAAGCAUUGCAAUCCGGAAACACUGGAAGUGCAAACGCGAAUGAAGUUCUCGAUCUCCAUCACAUCUCAAAUGGUGCACAAACAGUGGAUCUUUCACAAUCCAUGCAUGAGUUAUCUGGUGUGGUAAGAAGGGUGCCCGAUGGGGACCAUGACUUCUCAACCGAAACUAAUGAUGUCAUCAAACAACUCGAGUCGCACAUUUCAGCCUUGCAAAUGGAUGCUGAGAACCUGGUUCUUGCUGAUAAACAUGCAGCUGAGCAUAAAAUCAAACCGAUAACUGUUUUUGUGCCACAAGCAGAGUUAGCUACUCCUAUCAAGAAGAUACAAGGAGACACAAGUUCAUUGUAUUCAGGAUAUGUUGUUCCGCCUACCGGAAUGCAAAAAAUUUCAGCAGAUCAAUUGCCCAAGCCUCUCGAGUCAAGUAGUUACCAGCCAAAUCAGUCGAGACAACAAAAGAUAGUAGCAAACACCUUCUCUUCUGAGGAAUAUGAUACUUCUAAAAUGCUAGACUUAGUCGAAGAGAAUCAGUGGCAGAUACAGAAAGAGCACUCAAUUAAUGUUCAGUCAAAGAAUCAAAAUGAUUGUACUUCAGUACAGAAUCCUUAUGCUGACCGUUAUUGUUCCCAACAAGACCAACAGAAUAUGGAAAUUGGGCUCACUGCUUUGCCUGCAAUGUUGGUCAUCCCGAACCAGAACCAGAUGCCUUCAAACGAGAAAACAGGUCGGCUAGGACCAAAUGCAGCAGAUAUUUUCAGAAACAACGUACAUACUCAAGGAUUGAUUGAUUACGGGAGCAAGUUAACUUGGUCGGGGGCAUAUGAGAGCAGAAUGGAUUCACCUUAUUCACAGCAGGCAAUAAUGAGGCGGUCAGUAUUGAAUCACAAGCAAGGUCAAUUCGCCCCAUCCCAAAGCUCUUAUGUAGACUUGGACAAAAAGCCUAGUAAACAUCUGAAAAAUAAUAAUCACAUGAAACGACUGAGGAGGAGGCAUUUACAUGGACAUGAAUCAGAGGUUUCACGCUCAAGCUCGCCAUAUUCUUCCAGCGGGACAGAUUUGCAGCAGACAAGCACUUACAGUAGUGAGAGAGAUCAUCCCUUGCCAAGGCAGGUUCGAACCAAGAUGCAUUUAUCUGACGAAACAAGCAGCUAUGGAGGAAAUGAAUUAUAUAGUCGGAGAGACAGUAGUCAAACUGAGUACACGGUCAGCUCAAGCUGCAGUUCGACCGAGGGUUACUCAUCUCCAAUUGGUAGUGAAAGGGCUCGUGAAAUGAUUUCUGCAAGUAAAAGUGAGAGAGAGAUAUCCUCAUCACUUGAUGGUUCGGGGUCUAACCAUCUUGAAGAACCCUCUUACUACUCAGCAGAUUCUUCCUCAAGGAAGUCAAGUCCUGCGCGUGUCUACAAGUCUGCUAACUCAAGAAAAUCAAAGAAGAAUAAUGGAAGAUGGAAGAAGUUGAAAGACAAGCUAGCGAUAGUUUUUCACCAUCACCACCACCACCACCACCAUCACAGUAAGGAUGGUAAAGGCAAGGAGAGAAAAACAUCAUUAUUGAGGCAGAGAGGAAAAAGGUUCAAUGGCCACUAUUCUACAAGCAAAGAUGAAACAUUUGGAGAAAAGGCAUUGGAAAAGUUUGGGAAGUCAGCGAUCGACAAACAAGCCGGUAAAAAGCAGCAAGGGGGCCAAUUUCAGACCCUUGCGCAGGGGCUGAUACGACAUAUCCAGCAUUCGAAGAAGCCAAAACAUAGCAGCAGUAGACAAGUAGACAAAGGACCACAUACCAAUACGAAGGUGAAUAGCAAAUUUCAUUGGUGGCAAUUACUACAGCAUCACAGAGGUAUGAAUAAAUCACCUGCCAUGUUAGGAGCUGGCAAUAAGAAAGGGCAUUCAAAAGCCUUUUCCAAGAAGAAAUGAGGCACCUGAAAUUGCACUCUGGUGAUAUUACCUGUGAAUAAGAGCACAAGUUCUUGACAACACAACAGGAGAUG